AUGGCUGAUAUCUUUGGUUCAUCGAAACACCCUUCACUUUUCCCUAUGACUGUUCCAUUUCCAGUGAUCAGUCAGGAAGAUUACCUUCUGUUCUACAAAAACGAGCGUGCUUUAUUCACGGUGUUGCUUGUAGUUCUUCACCGAGAGGUCAUCCAGUCGAUAUUCAUGAUGGGGUUUCUUCUAUGGCUAGAAAGAGAAGGGUAUACCUCAAAGAAUCUUGUUCAAACCAUCGUCAAUUGUUUUACUGCUGACAUAAUCGAUCAGAUUGCUGAUGAGGUCAUGAUAUGCAUCAAGUUCUUGGAGAAAAAGGCAAACAGACUAAUGUUUGAGUCGAGCAGCAAACAGUACAACAUCCAGACACUUCAGUGUUUUCUUGAUCGAAAAAGUAUACAUCUAGAGGAGCUUCAUCACAACUUUGAUGAGGUGUCUGCAAUGGCGAAAGAGGUUUCCAGCAGGGCGUUUGAUGACAUCUUGGAAAACUUCAUCAGGUGCGGUGGGCCUUUAGUGUUGCAUUCUACUCAAGAGGUUACUGUUUGCAACGUUGUUGGUGGUUUUCGUUAUGUAGGUCCGGUUGUCCCUUUUCCUUCAUAUGAUGUCACUAAGUAUGUUAAGUUUCCUCGAACACCAAGCCAAGAUGCAGAAUUUAUGCUGAAUAAUGUCAUUGCACAUCGGUUUCAGCAGAUGGGUGGUGUUGGAGAAGGUGAAAGUCAUGGUGCUCUUCUACCUGCUGAAAUUUAUUUAAAGCAAGAGAUAAAUUCAAGUCCGAAUUCAUUGUAUACUUCCGACACAACUUCUUUGUUCGUAAGUGAGCAAGAAGAGGAGGUACCACCUGAGAAUCGGACUAUCUUCCUCACCUUUUCCAAAGGGUAUCCUAUUUCUGAAAAUGAAGUUAAACUGUACUUCACUAGAAUCUUUGGGGAUUUCAUUGAGUCCAUAUACAUGCAACCUGUUGCUGGAGAGAAUCAACCCCUUUUUGCUCGAAUUGUGGCUCGCUCUCCUUCUAUGGUUAGGGCUGUAGUGGAGAGAGAUGGAGCUGAUGGAAGAUCUAAAUACUAUAUCAAUGGGAAGCAUGUCUGGGCUCGAAAAUUUGUGAGGAGACCACCACCUAAGGACACUGCAGAAGGUGCUGUAACAUCGGAAUGA